GGAAGGUUCACAGUGAGAUCAUCCAUCAAGUCAAUCCUUGCUUUCGUAUCUUCUUUCUAAAAGAGAAUUCUGGAUGUUUGCAGGCAACAGCCAUACAUCUCUCAUGAUAUCUGGCGCACCUCUCGGAUUCCGUGGGGUUUAAGAUCGCCCUGGAGACAUCCCGAUAUCACGCUUACGCCUCCUCGCGCCUACAGUAGCUCACCCGUGCAACGUCCCCACUCGCUCGUCCCAAGUUCAAGGGUUCCCAGCAUCCACUUUCAUGAUGAUGAAGCCUUUCCAGAUCAGAGACCUUCAUGGGGACUCAUCUCAAGGUCAUGAGGAAGUUUCACAUCAAACCUCGAACCCUCAUGGAGUUGUACAGGUCUCAGCUGCCGACUACGAUGACAUCGCUCUGAAUCACGCACGAGCACGACUCACUUACUUGGAUGAGGAUGACGGUGAUCAAAUUAUGGUUGGAUCUUCUCUCGAGCUAUCUCAGCGGUUGGACGAGCCUGUGGGCAUCGACGCACGGCUCGAUACCGAACCGGUCCCUAUGCAUAUCUUUGAUAUUCGUCGAUCGAAUUCGGUGACCGAGUUAUGGAGACGAUUUGAAAGAGGCAACGACGGCAUCAGAUCUCCACAAAUGACCGCCGUCACUGGUGUCGAGACAGAGGCUGCAAUCGAUGAACAUGAUCACAAAGAAGAACCAGCUUCUCAUGAUGCCGCCACUACAUCUCCACCUCAGGCUGAGAAUCAGACCUUUAUGGAAGCCUUUGAGGCUGAGUUGGCCAGUAUGCUUGACUCUGCAGAAAAUACUGGACAAAGGGCUACGCAGCCUGAAUCAUCACCUGCAGCCGAACCCGCGUCGGGCACUGGCUCACAGAGAACACAUCAUCCAUUAGAAGUGGUUGCCGCGACAUUCCUUUACCAUCUGGUCAAUGGGGCCAACUCAGUACAGACUGAACUGAGAAGCAGGCUCCCAGAGCUGCAAGAGCAGCUCCGAAAUGCUCAGCGGACAGUCCCAGAGAACGUGCGGUCAUCGCUUCAAAGCCUGCUCGCCACAAUCGAGGCACAUAUGCGGACUGCUUUCCAAAACCUGCCUGAUAAUGGAAGACAAUUCGCGGAAGAUGCCAUCAAUGCCGGGCGUCCUGUCGCUGAGCAUGCCGCGGACGGCUUCCGGAUGAUGGCUUCCGAGCUCAAUGAGGCCAGUCGAACAUUGUUUGCCGCCUUUGAGAAUGAAUUUGGCCGUUUCGCGUCGACUAGGUCGAAUGCCACAUCCGAAGGACUAUACACCGCGUCUAGUCCAAUGCCUGGUGUUACCGGUGAUGAGCAUGUGUCAAACCCUUUGUUCCAGGACACGACUUCCCAACCCACAGAGCCAGGUGCUCAAAAGGAGGCGACAGCCAGUUCUGGUCCAAUUCCUGCUCAGCGCCCCGAGGUCAACCCGCAUACAUUGCCAUCCGACCUCAGGAGUCCUAGUUGGGAUCCUCUGCUAACAGGGCCAAGUGAUUUCUUCUAUGGUUCGGGUCCCUUUCACCCCCCUCCGUUCCCCCCUCGACCCCCUCAUCCCCCCGCUCCGUCUAUGCCUCCAAGUCAUUGGCCUCACUGCCCGAUGUCAUGGGACCCAGUCCAUCCUAUCCAGCACCACCUACCGCACUCUCCACAACCUCCUCCUCUGCCCGUCUCUAGAAUGUUCCCAGGUCAACCAUGGCAUCCUACGGAUCAUUGGCUCAAUCCUUUCGGACCUUUCGGCCCUCAUAACGCGCCUCCAGCGCCUCCUCCCAAAGAACCUUCCACAAAUUUGCAUGGGCCAUCAGACAUCCCUGAAAAGAAAGUCUUGUUCAUCGGCAAUGUUGGUUUCAAUGUGACCGAGAGGAUGAUCCAGGAUGUCUUUGCUUCGAAGGGAUUCAUUGUUUCCGUACGCCUGCCUCGCGAUUCGGACACUGGUAUGCAUGCAGGAUUUGGCUAUCUAGAGUUCCCAUCGAUUCAUCCUGCCAUGGCAGCAAUGGAUGCUUUGCAGGGUGUACACAUCGAUGGACACGCAAUCAACCUCGAGUUCAGUGAUGAUACCAUCAUUGACUCUGUGCACCCACCAGAGCGUCCCGGUCAGGAGAGAACUCUUUACGAGAGUUUUGCGAGCCACGGUCAUCCUGGAUCUCAGGACUCUGGCAUCUCAGCUGGUCAGCCAGCGCGUCCUCGUCGCACUAGCCGCCGAAAAUCCGUGACAUUCCAGGAACCUGAUCUAUCUUCCUUGGAUAUUCAGGACCAAGACACCAAUACCAACGAUGUUCCAAUCCGGCUUCAAUCACCUGCUUUGAUUGAUCUAACUGCCGACGAUGCUGCAUCUAACCACCAGUCGAACGACCUGCAGGAUCAGCUACCGGAGAUGACUCGAUUCCCGCCUGUCUCUCAACUCGAAGCCCAGUUCUUUGCCAAUCAACAGCAGAACACCGACUAUGAUGCAACGGCUCACCAAGAAGCAAAUGAAUCAACUCGGUCACUUGACUAUGAUCUGUCAAGGAACUUCUACGAGCCCGUGCCCUCAGGCCCAGGUCUUCGUCGCUCAAAUACCGUGGCAUUUGCGCCCCGAGGGGAAUUCUCUGAUAACCCGAAUCCAGACUUUCCGGGCAAUCCUUCCGCCAAUAGUCCAUUGAGACGACGUGCUAGUGAGCGUCACUCCUUGCGACGUGAUACCCAAGACCCCAGCGAAACAGAUACUUGGGCGCGAUUGGACAGGAGAGAACGCCGCCGCUCCAGACGUUCGUCCCAGCAAAGCAUUCCAGGAAGCUUUCCUCUAGAAGAGCCACUUCAGCCUGUGGUACCUAGACCGUUCGACGUUAGCGCUGAACCUGAAGAGACCGAUAUUGACAGAUGUGUGUCGUCUCUUGUCGAUAUGGGCUUCGGAACCGUUGAAGAUGGCGGGCGGGCUCGGAUGGCAGUCUAUGCUGCGGCUUCAAAUGGUAUCCUCUACGACGCGAUCGAAAUGAUUGAGGAAGAGAGAAAGGUGUAUGCCCGCCAGGGCUGUUAGUGGGAUGGACUAACGUGGGAUUUGUUUAGAUUCUGGCUUGAUGCGCAACGGUCGCUCCUUUGGUCGAAGUUUCAGCCAUAUCCGCAGUAUUCUCUAUUCUCUAUGUCUUAUGAAUAAUUUUGCUUUGUGAGCGAUAUCUCAGAUUGAUCAAUCUCAAUUCCAUCAUUUUUAUGUA